AUGGCCACUACGCCCGCCAGCCCUUUCCACGCCGCGACGGCUGAGAAUGCGACCGAGGACGACUCCACGGCCGCCGCCGACGCUUUUCUCUAUCCCCAGGAUGACUCCGACCCCUCGGCCAACUUGCCCGAGAUCUCCGCCGACCCCGAUGACGACCUCGAUCCCAAGGCCAAGGAGCCUCUGCCGAUGCAGAAGCGACGAAGAGUGACCAGGGCUUGCGAUGAAUGUCGUCGAAAAAAGAUUAAGUGCGAUGGUAAACAACCGUGCACCCAUUGCACGGUCUACAGCUAUGAAUGCACCUACGACCAACCUUCUAAUCGUCGCCGCAACCCCGCGCCUCAGUAUGUCGAAGCGCUCGAGAACCGCCUCCACAAGGCCGAAGCGCUCCUCCGCGUCGUUCUCCCCGAUAUCAAUCUCGAUGACCCUCGAUUUGACGUGCAUGCGACGCAACAGAUGCUGGCGACGGCCAAACGAGAGAAACUCCCGCAACAGCCGCAGGAAUCUACGCCUCAGUUCCAAUCGUCCCAGCCUCUCCCUCCAGCCACCAAUGCACCCAGACCGGCUGGUGCCCCGGCCGGCCCGGCGGAUGCGGCGCCGGAGAAUGGAGGAUGCGAGGAGUCGUUGCUGGAGUCCAUGGUUGAUAAUUCGGGGUUCUUAGAUCUGGAUGAUCAGGGACAUUGGGAUUACCACGGACACACUUCCGGUGUCAUUUUCAUCCGACGAUUGCGGAAGCAGCUUGGCGCUGCCGAUAUCUCGGCCCCGACACUGCGGUCGCGCUCCAUCACACAGCAAAUGCUAGACAGCCCCAAAUCGGCCUCGGAAUCGCCGCAGGAUGCGACGUUGCCUCCCACCCAUGAUCUGCCGCCGCGCGAUGUCGCACGACGUCUGUGUCACGCCGCGUUGGAGGACGGGUGUUCCUUGAUGCGAUUCGUGCACGAGCCUUCAUUCUUUGCGACGUUGGAUCGGGUUUACGACACCCCUCCGGAACAGUAUUCCAACGAAGAGAAUUCAUUCUUGCCUCUUCUCUAUAUCGUGAUGUCUGUCGGUUGCUUGUUUUCGGAUGAUAGGGCUGGUCCCCUGGAUCUUUCCGGCUACGAGAGUGCGAUCGGCCAAGGAUUCCAAUUCUUCAAGGCCGGUCGUCAGCUCCUGGAGAUCACCGACUGUCGUGAUCUUACCUCCUUGCAAGCAAUUUGCUUCAUGGUGCUCUUCCUCCAGUCCUCUGCAAAACUGAGCACAUGCUAUUCAUAUGUCGGAAUUGCCCUUCGCUCCGCCUUGCGAUUGGGACUGCACCGCUCGGCGGUGACGGCCCAUUUCAACCCUCUAGAGCGAGAGCUGCGCAAGCGUGUUUUCUGGGUCGUCCGGAAGAUGGACGUCUACGUGAGCACGAUGCUAGGGUUGCCCCAAAUGUUGAGCGACGACGACAUCGACCAAGAAUACCCCGUCUCUGUCGAUGGGGACUUCAUUUCUCAGGAUGGCAUCCUGCCCACGCCCAAGGACUACACGCCCCUCAUGGCAGGGGCCAAUGCGCACACGCGCCUGUCCAACAUCAUCCUGAAAGUGGUGAAAUAUAUCUACCCGGUCAAGAAUGCCCAGCACCGAUCCGAGUCCGAUCAGCGCUACGUCGUGAGCCACUCGAAAAUCCGAGAGAUCGAGCGCGAUCUUCAGGCGUGGAUGGAAGAGCUGCCUGCAGCUCUGCGACCGGGGACGGAGGUCUCCCCUCAACUGGAGCGGGUACGGCAACUGUUGCGAAUCAGCUAUGCGCACGUACAAGUGGUCAUGUAUCGACCCUUUUUGCAUUACGUCUCCAGCGGCUCGCAGGCGCGCGGUGUAGACCGACGUUCGUACGCCUGUGCGGCUGCAUGCGUGAGCGUCUCGCGGAACAUUGUUCACAUCACCACCGGCAUGCAUAAGCGAGGGCUACUCAACGGGUCCUUCUGGUUCACCAUGUAUACCACCUAUUUUGCCAUUCUAUCGUUGCUCUUCUUCGUGCUGGAAAAUCCCGACUCGCCGACGGCGAAGGACGGGGUCCUGAAAGAUGCGAUGGAGGGCAAGAACACGCUCGCCGGGCUAGCAAAGAAGAGCAUGGCGGCAGACCGGUGCUCGCAGAGCCUGAACUGUCUGUUCAAGAAUCUGCCGGAAUUGCUGAAAAACCGACAGACCACAGCGAACCCGGUCAACCUGAAGCGUCCGGCGCCAGCGAGCAACCAUCAAGUUAGCGGCAACUCCAGCAGCAACACGCCUGCCUUCGAAAAACCACCGCCACAACGGUCGAGCACUUUCCCCAUCCAAUUGCUGAAUCGGGGAUCCAAAGAAGCUAGUAACACGCCCAAGAGUCUGGACGACGGCAAUUCGCACCACCGACGCACACCGUCGAACGCCCGCCUCAACCAUGCCUCGACCUGGUUCGCGUCCACGCCAGAAGCGGCCUCGGAAGCCGUGUCGACUCCGUCGGACACAUACCCGGUAAGCGAGCCCGUGAGCGUCUCGUCCAACACGGGAUCCCCGAUGCCCAUGUCGUUGCCAAUGCGAGACGCGUCUGCCACCCAGUAUGCGUCGCAACCGUUCAACACGAAUCCGGCCAAUCUGCCCGACCUCAUGGGCAUCAUGUUCCCGUCUGACGAUCCCUUCGCGUACCCCACGCAACCCAUGUCCACACUAGAGGAUGAUCACUUCCGACAGGACGGUGGAGCGCCGUUCGGCGUGAACCCGACGCCGCAGCAGUCUGCAAUGCCAUCCGGUCCGGACUCCAUGGGGUUGUCGACACCGAACCUGGACAACUUCGCAAACUUCCCGCUCUUCAACGGCACCCCGACGCCGGUGCACGCGACGCUGCCCACCCGGCUCGCCAACCCGCCGCACAUCAGCCAGUCGCGACUGCAGUCGCCCGUCUCGCAUGCAUCGACGCCCGGCACCGGCGAAGCCGUCAACAGUCCGGAUCUAGUGUCGCUGCCCAACAACAACUACAUGUGGCAGGGCUACAACUUCCAGCCGCAGAACUUCCAACAAGAUGUGUCUGCGCAGCCGUCGAUGCCGUCGGGACAGGCGCCUGAUCUCGCGAUGGGCCUGGACGACGCCAACUCCUUGGGAAUGGGCAUCGACCUGGGCAUCUCCCUGGAUGAUAUCUUCGGGAAUAGCGACGUGACUCGAGGCGGACUGCCGAUUGACGAUUGGACCCAAUGGAAUCAGAGUGGCUAA